AAAUACACUGCCGAAAUUUGAGAAGAAACGAGGAGAAGACGAAGAAUUCUACUUCUACUAACUUCGAAAUCGCUCACUCCGUCGCCGAUUUGAACCCUAACCCUAGAUUUAGCUCUUCCUCCUCCAUCGGAUCCGUAGCCAUCACAAUGGGGAUCGUCUCCCAGGACGCGAUCACGCAGCUAUCCCGGGUGGUAGACGGAGCGGAGGAGCCGUUGAAGGUUACAUUUCAGAAUGUGCAUCAAGGGUAUCCAAAUGAAACCCUGGUACGCUUUCUUAAAGCCAGAGAGUGGAGUGUUCCUAAAGCACAGAAGAUGCUGGUAGAUUCUUUAAGCUGGAGAAUCCAGAAUCAUAUUGAUGACAUUCUGUCUAAACCUAUAACUCCAGUUGAUUUGUACAGAGAGAUUCGUGAUUCACAGCUUAUAGGGAUGCCAGGAUACACUAAGGAGGGUCAUCCUGUUUUUGCAAUAGGAGUUGGCCUUAGCACAUACGAUAAAGCAUCAGUUCAUUACUAUGUGCAAUCACACCUUCAAAUGAAUGAGUAUCGGGAUCGCGUUAUCUUGCCUGUUGCAAGUAAGAAGUACGGGCGGCAUAUUGGGACGUGUGUGAAAGUUUUGGAUAUGACUGGUUUAAAACUUUCAGCUUUGAGUCAAAUAAAGUUACUAACCACCGUAUUCACUAUUGACGACCUAAAUUAUCCGGAGAAGACGGAGACUUAUUACAUCGUCAACGCUCCAUAUAUAUUCUCGGCGUGUUGGAAGGUGGUGAAGCCUCUAUUGCAAGAAAGAACCAGAAGGAAAGUGAAAGUGUUGCAAGGCUGUGGCAGAGAUGAGUUGCUCAAGAUAAUGGACUAUGCAUCUCUACCCCAUUUCUGCACGAGAGAGGGUUCCGGCUCAUCGCGUCGUUCAUCUUCCGGUCCUGACGACUGCUUCUCCCUGGACCAUCCCUUCCACCAACAGCUCUACGACUACAUCAAGCAGCAAGCCGCGACGGACAACCUAGUCCCACCGUCAAAGCAAGGGUCUUUUCAUGUAGACGUGCCUGAGCCAGACCCAGAAGGGAUCCAGAUUGUCAAGACCAUCGAGACGGAGCUGCACAAGAUCGGUGACCGCCGGAAUGGGCUCAGUCACUCGCUGAGCGGCCUCGAGAUUGACAGUGCAUGAAUUUGCCCACGGCGAAGAGUAUCUCGAUUUGUAUGUUCAUAGCUCGUUUAUGACCCAGGUUAUUGUUUGGGUUUAGAUAAAGCACAAGCUCAUGCGUUCCCUCCAUUACGAGUCUCUAAAGUUCUAGCCAUGUAAAGAGGGAGCAAGUCGGAAAUGAUCUUGUAACUUCUCUUCUUAAUCGAGCCUGUCUUGUUUCGUUCGAUCAUA